CAUUAACAAACUAUCUCUGUCUCAAUCGCGGUUUCACGGCCCCUUGGUCUAUUUGUUUCUUUGUCUACGAUAUAGUUACUACCUACCGUAGACAGAGAAACUAAUCUGUAUCUACGCUACCUACUUGGUUCUCGAUGUCACCGCCUAACUGUGACAUCAAUUCCAUCGCGCACAAAGAAAUAUGGCAACUCCUUUCUUUGUCGCACUUCCAAAAAAUGCUAUUCCUUACCAGUUUACGUGUUCCCGGCUAGUACAGAACAUUCUUCCCGACUGUACUGGGCGUCGUCGCGUUUGGACUCUACUACCACUUACCAUAAGGUGGAAUAGAGUCAUUUGCUAUCCCGGCGCAUAUAAAAAAAAAACCUACUUAUAAUGACUUGAGUGUUGACUGUUGACACUUGACAGUUGUGUAUUUUUUCAGUAUAAAUUUGCAGUAUAUAUAUUCCACUGUAAAGCUAUUGUGAAUAAGAAAUACGAAAACAAACACAAUACUACAAUAAAAUGACAUUUAUUCUUAAUUAAUUAUCUGAUGUAUAAAAAGUAGUAACAAAUAAAUGCAAAUGGCUCUUUUCCCAGCUUAUAUAUCCCAAGAGGUGGAAAAUAUAAACAUUGAAGAAACAGAGCAAUUGGCGAAACCUAAUUAUCAACCAGAGUCUACAGAAUCGCAGUUACUAGCCAGUGAUUCAGAAGACGAUAAACCAACAGAAAACCUGACAAAUCUUUCAAAAAUCACGCAUCAUGUGCAAAGCGAUGAAGAUUUUUACGUCGAUCGAAAGCUAGACCGCGGGAAUCUACGUGUUUCUACUCUUUACUAUCCCGGCAGACCUCAAUACGAUAUCAUAAGUCCGUGGCCUCCGGGCGCGGUGCGCGAGCGCAAGAGACGCUACUACUCGCGGCGCGCGACGGACGCGCCCGACGCGCCCGCCGUCGCCGAGCGCGUGUCCGCCUACCGCCUGCUCGUGGCGCGGGACCCGCAGGAUGUCUUGCUCUGGGAACGAUUUAUCGAUUUUCAGGAAGCUUGCGGCGGAGCCGAGGCGGCGCUGGCGACCGCGGAGGAGGCGGCGGAGCGCGCGCCGCACUCGGAUCGCCUGCGCGCGCGCCUGCUGAGCGCCCUGCGCGCCGCGCUGUCGCCGCACGCGCUCCUCGAGCGUCUGCGCGACAUGCUGGCCGCGGAAAAGUCGGUGGACGUGCGCACUGAGCUGUGGGAGCGGCUCCUGAGCGCGCUGGCGGCGGCGCCCGGCAGCGACCCCGCGCAGAUCACCGCCGCCGCCUGCGCCGCGCUCGCCGACACCCGCACGCUGCCGCAAGCCUACCCGCGCAUCUUCUAUCGCGUCGGGUCCUAUCUGCGUGCCGCCGGCCUCUGGGAGAGGCUCGUCAUGUCCAUCGAGCUCGUGGUCGCCAUGAACUACGCGCCCGGGGCCUUUCCGCCGCCCGACGACCCGGAUCUCCGCGAGCGCUCCGAGCGGCGACUGCGAGAUCUCGAGGACAAAGUGGCGGCGAGCGGGCUGCCGCUGAGCACGCGCUGGGUGCGCGUGGAGCGCGCGCGCGCCGCCGCGCACUGGCGCCCCGCGCCGCCCGCCGCGCGCGCGCCCGACCCGCAGCGCGCGCCGCUGCCGCACGACGUGGCCGACCUGCUGCUGCCCGUCGCCGCCGACGACGACCUGCUGCAGCUCUCCGUGCGCCUGCUCCUGCUCGCUAAGGUGCCGCUGUUGCCGGGCACGCAGUGGGCGGCGCGCUGGGUGGGCGACGCGACGGCGGACGAAGGGGAGGCUCUGCUGCCGCUGCUGCGGGAGGCGCAGUCGCUUCCCGCGGCGCACCCCGCGCGCGUCCCCCCCGAGCUCGCCCGACGUCUGCUGGCGCUCCUGCUGGACCCGCCGCACUACUUCUCGGACGACACGGGUUACCUGAGCUGGGUGAACGCCCUGUGGGAGACGUGCUGCGCGCGAGCCCGCGGGUGGGCGCGCGCGGCGCUCGUGUGCUGGCGCCUGCGCUGGCUGCACGCGCUGCUGCUGGCGGCGGGCGGCGAGGCGGAGGCGCGCGCGGAGGCGGCGCGGGUGCGCGGCGAGGCGCGGGCGCUGCUGCGCCGCCUUGACUGCGCCUCGCCGCUGCCCUUCGCCGAGUUCGCGCGCGUGGAGCUGCUGGCGGCGGGACGCGACGCCGCCCUGCGCGUGGCGGGCCGCGCCCUGCGCGCCGCGCUGCUGGACGCGGCCUGCCCGCCGCACCACGCGCUCUACGUCGCCAGAACCGUCUGCGAGAUCAGCGCGACGAGCGACGGAGGGCCGCCGAGCGCGGAGGGGGCGUGUGCGCUCGUCUGCGCCGUCCUCGGCCGCGCACCGCCCUCGCAGCUCGCGGCGCCGUCGGCGGAAGACUUCGAAGCCGCACUGCAAACGUGCGAGAGGCGGUGCGCGGCGGCGGAGUGCGAGGCGGAGGGCGAGGCGGCGGGCGAGGCGGCGGAGGGCGCGGGUGCGGCGCUACUGCCGAGCGCGGGCGAGUGGGCGCGCGCGCGGGCGCUGCUGGCGCCGCCGGCGCGUCGGGCUGAGCUGCUGCGCGCCGUACGCGAUGCCGCGUUGCGAGCGGCGGCGCGGGGAUGCGGGGACGCCAGCCGGUACUGCGAGGAGAGCGCGUGCGCGCUGACGGCGGCGGCGGCGGCCGAGGGUCGCGCGGCGCUCACUGCGCGUCUUCUGUCACCGCUGUUCGCCGACAACGCCUACCUCGCUCUCGCGAGCGCGGGGGCGCCGCUGUGGGCGCGAGGCGAGCAGUCGCAGGAGGAGCGCCUGCGCGCGCUGGCGCCGCGCAGCGACGUGGGCGCCGUGGCGUCCGUGCUGCCCGCGCUGCUCGCCGCGCUGCGGGCCGACUUCGCGCCGCUCGAGGCGCAGCGGGCGGCGCGCGCGGCCCGGCGGGCGACGCGCGGCGGCGGCGGGGCGGGCGGCGGGGCGGGUGGCGGCGCGGGCGGCGGGGCGGGCGGCGGCGCGCUGGCGUGGUGCGCGCGCGUGGAGAGCGAGGCGCGCGCGCCGGCGCCGCGCCUGCCAGCCGCGCUGUACGCCGCGCUGGACGCCGCGCCGGCGCACAAGUGGCUGCACGUGCGCGGCGCGGCGUGGUGCGGCGACGCGGCGGGCGCGCUGGCGGACGCGCUGCUGGAGCGCGCGCUGCGCCUGCACGCGCUGCCCGACGAGCUGCGCGCGCUGGACGACGACAAUACAUGACUUGUUUCCUACAC